AGAGAGAGAGAGAGAGAGAGAGAGAGAGAGAGAGAGAGAGAAAAGAUGGGUUUGCUGAGUAACAAAGUUGAGAGAGAUGAGAUCAAGCCAGGAGAUCACAUCUACACUUAUAGAGCUGUCUUCACCUACUCUCACCAUGGUAUUUAUCUAGGAGGAAGCAAGGUGGUGCACUUUACACCCGAGAAAAAGCCUAGUUCAAGCACUGGAAAAUCUUAUGAUUCAAUGUCCUGUCCCACCUUUCCUGACUGUGGAUUCAGGCAACCAAAUAGUGGUGUUGUUCUCUCAUGCCUUGACUGUUUCCUGAGAAAUGGAUCCCUUUACUGCUUUGAGUAUGGGGUUACGCCUUCAGUUUUCCUAUCCAAAGUACGGGGUGGCACAUGCACCACUGCAGCAUCUGACUCCCCUGAAUCUGUCAUUCACCGCGCUAUGUAUCUUCUUCAGAAUGGAUUUGGCAAUUACGACGUGUUUCAAAACAACUGCGAGGACUUUGCAAUGUAUUGCAAAACUGGUCUCCUGAUAAUGGAUAAGCAGGGAGUCGGAAGAAGUGGCCAAGCUGCUUCUGUUAUUGGUGCCCCACUGGCAGCCAUGCUUUCUUCUCCUCUAACAUUGUUGAUGCCAGGUCCAGUUGGUGUUGCUACCGCAACAGCUGGGAUGUACUGUAUGAGCAGGUAUUCAACUGACAUUGGUGUUCGAACCGAUGUGAUCAAGGUCGCCGUGGAGGAUUUGGCUGUGAAUUUGGGGUGGACAACUCACCAUGAGGAAGAGGCCAGGGAUAAUGAAGCUCCUUUAAUACAGCUUUGAACAAGAUCUGUGAAAUUGCAUGUAUAAAA